CACCAAUGGGCGGGGCCACAGGAAGGGCCCGUGCUGCGCGCUGCGGGUCGCGUCGGAAGGCUGCCGCCACGACACUCCCUCCCGGAGCUCGGCUUUGAUCGGGCUCAAGCCUUCCCCCCCUCCCCGGAACCCAAGCCUCCGCGGCUGUCACCGUUUAAAGUUGAGGUUUGGUCCAAUAUGGCGGCAGACGGAUGGAAAUACUGAUGACAGUCCGAAAGAUCGCCUCGAUUUGUACGAUGGGCGCCAAUGCCUCUGCUCUGGAGAAAGAGAUUGGACCGGAACAGUUUCCUGUGAAUGAACACUACUUUGGGCUGGUCAACUUUGGGAACACAUGUUACUGCAAUUCAGUGCUGCAGGCCUUGUAUUUCUGCCGGCCGUUCCGGGAGAAGGUGCUGGCCUACAAGGCCCAGCCCCGGCGGAAGGAGAGCCUGCUCACUUGCCUGGCUGACCUGUUCAACAGCAUUGCUACUCAGAAGAAGAAGGUGGGCGUGAUCCCACCCAAGAAGUUCAUCUCCAGGCUGAGGAAGGAGAACGAGCUUUUCGACAACUACAUGCAGCAGGACGCCCAUGAAUUCCUUAACUAUCUACUGAACACCAUCGCUGACCUGCUGCAGGAAGAGCGGGGCCAGGAGCGGCAGCAGAAUGGCCGGCUAGUGCAGAAUGGCGGCGGGCCGGCAGGGCCCACCGCUACAGAAGGGGAGGAGGUCCAUAAGGCGCCGCAGCAGACCUGGGUCCACGAGAUCUUUCAGGGCACGCUGACCAAUGAGACGCGUUGUCUCAACUGUGAGGCGGUCAGCAGCAAGGAUGAGGAUUUCCUGGACCUGUCAGUUGAUGUGGAGCAGAACACGUCCAUCACACACUGCCUCAGGGGCUUCAGCGACACAGAGACGCUGUGCAGCGAGUACAAGUACUACUGUGAGCAGUGUCGCAGCAAGCAGGAGGCGCAGAAGAGGAUGAGGGUGAAGAAGCUGCCCAUGAUCUUGGCCUUGCACCUGAAGCGCUUCAAAUACAUGGAACAGCUGCACCGCUACACCAAGCUGUCCUACCGCGUGGUCUUCCCGCUGGAGCUCCGUCUCUUCAACACCUCCGGCGACGCCACCAACCCAGACCGCAUGUACGACCUGGUAGCCGUGGUGGUGCACUGUGGCAGUGGGCCGAAUCGAGGGCACUACAUCACCAUUGUGAAGAGUCACGGCUUCUGGCUGCUGUUCGAUGACGACAUCGUGGAGAAAAUCGACGCCCAGGCAAUUGAAGAGUUCUAUGGCCUGACGUCAGACAUCUCCAAGAAUUCGGAAUCGGGAUACAUUCUUUUCUACCAGUCCAGAGACUGAGCCGCUGGGAAUGUCCGAGGGGACUGUCACACGGGCGGGGCGGCGUUCGAGUCGCACAGACCCCUUCCAUUAAGGCUUUUUCUUGUUUUUUUUUCUUUUUUUUGUGGCACACCACACUGGAGCGAACGGCGGACCCUCAGGCAGAAGCAAACGAUGGCCGACCCAACAUGGAGUAGUGGCUUUCCUUAA